AUAACUCAUGCAUAUGAGAGUUGAGCAAUUAGCUAUCCCAGAAUGAAGAUUAUGAGGCAUUCUAGUAUUCUUGUCCUACUAGUUCUAGGAAUUUGCAGCAUAGAAGCUGCAGACCCCAUGGCAGAUUUCUGCGACAAAGACACUAAAACAAGCAAGAGUAGUCAAGUCUCAACAAAUAUUGAUGCUUUACUGGCUCAGUUGGUUUCCAAAGCUCCCUCUACUGGCUAUUCUGCUACCUCCUAUGGCAAAGGCCAAGCUAAACUCUAUGGCUUGGCUCAAUGUAGAGGUGAUGUUGUGGGAAGCAAAGACUGCUCAAGUUGUAUUCAAGAUGCUGCGAAAGAAAUCCGCCAGCGUUGUCCAGAUGAAGCAGGUGCAAUGAUUUGGUAUGACUUUUGUUUCUUGAAGUACAGCAGCAAGAGUUUCAUUGGAGAAGUUGAUACCUCUUAUGGUAUAAUCUUCUAUAAUGUUCAGAAUGUGACUGACCCUGAGAAGUUUGUCAAAGAACUAGGAGCUCUGGUGGAUAAAAUCAAAGCACAAGCUGUGGUGCCAAAGAAUUUAGGAUUUGGGAAAGGUAAGGCCAAGCUGUCACCAUUGUCGACACUCUAUGCCUUCGGGCAAUGCACCAGGGACUUAGCUAAGGCAGAUUGUUCUCAGUGCUUGGCCAUUGCAGUGGGAAACUAUGAAACCAUUUGCGGCAAUCGAAGGGGAUGUCGGGUUCUAUAUGGUAGUUGCUAUGUUAGAUAUGAGCUCUAUCCAAUAUUCUACCCUGUUGGUGCCAACAGUACUAUGAAUCUUGUGGCUGAUGAAACUAUAAUGACUCUACUUAAUCCAUAGAAUAUGUAUUCAGACUUUCAGAGCGUUCUAGCUGAUUCUUCAAAAUAAGCUAUUCCAAAGAUUAUGUAUCUUUUUAAGGAUGAUAAUGCAAAAAUCUAUGUUUCUUCUAUGUGUAAUACAGCUUUGAUAAGUAUGCACA